AUGAGGACCUCGGCAUCCCUGCCGCCAUCGGCGCCGCCCGAGGGUUUGCGGGUAGGCUACCUGCUCUCGUCCUCGCUGCUCGAGAGCAGCGACCUCCUCCCUUCCAACCAGGGUCGAUCCACGCUGGUCCACAGCCUCAUCUACCACCUCGACCUCCUCGACCUGCGCCACCUCGCCGCCGCCGACGACGACGAUCAGCGUGGAUCAGCAUCGCCCGAGCCCAACGACGCUUCGCCGCCCACAAAGAGGAGGAAGACGUCGGCGCGGAAAUCCGAGUACAGGCGGCUCCUGCGUCACCUCGGCGCAGAUGUUGGAGGCGAGAGGGAGAUGGACGAGGCGGGCAGGCUCGAGAACAGAGCUGUGGUCUACGAACCUCGUAGAGCGACGAGGCAGGAGCUCGAAGUGUACCACGACAAGGCGUUUGUCAGGCGGCUACUGGAUGGGGAGCAGGAACAGGCAGAGGAGGUCGCUCCCAAAGAUGGCACCGACAGCGACAGCAAUGACGAGGAGCGACCACGGCCGCUCCGACCCCCUUCGCCCUCGAAUCGAGAUGCCACAGAACAACGAGCGCAGCCUCGAACCAAGAACCAGUUUGGACUUGUCGAUGACUGCCCACCGUUCGAGGGACUCAAAGAUCACGUGGAGCUGGUGGCGGGAGCGUCGAUCCGUGCCGCCGAGCUAUUGGCGACGGGCGAGGUCGAUGUAGCCAUCGCCUGGGACGGCGGCAGACACCAUGCCAAGAAGGACGCCGCGUCCGGGUUCUGCUACGUCAACGACGCCGUGCUCGCCAUCCUGGCGCUGCGCAAGCUGCGGAAGCGGAGGGUUCCCGUCGUCGAACAGUGUCUCGCUCCGAACGGCGGAGCAGAUGGGACCGAGACGGCGACAACGGCGCCGAAGACGCCACCGGGCCCGAAGCGCUACAAGACCGUCUCGACGCGCAUGGACCGCAUCCUCUACCUCGACCUCGACCUGCAUUGGGGCGACGGCGUGGAAGAGGCCUUCUACACGUCCUCCUCGGUCCUCACGCUGUCCAUCCACCACUAUGCGCCGGGCUUCUUUCCGUGCUACCACGCCGCGCCCUCUGCUGCGUCGAGCGCCGCGAACGGAGAUGCACAGGUUGCGGCGGCGAGUACGAAGCACGGCGCGCCGGGAUCGUUGGAAUGCACGGGUGGACCAUCGGGCUCGGCAGCGGCCAGCAAGGCCCUGUGCCUCCCGCUGCUCCCGGGCGCCAACGGCGACAGCCUGCGUCGCGUGUUGAAGGCCAACGUCGAGAGCAUCGUCGAGACGUUUGAUCCAGAGUGCAUCGUGGUCCAAUUCGGCCUGGACGGUCUAGCCGGCGAUCCGAUGGCGACGUGGAACCUGGACGCCUUGAGCAUCCUACAUGCUCUGUCCCUCAUCCUCUCCUGGACCCGUCCUCGAGCCGGGAGCGAUACGGCCACAUCGCCCGAGCGCAAACUGCUCCUCCUCGGCGGAGGCGGGUACGACAAUGCCAAUACCGCCAAGGUCUGGUCGCUCAUCACUGCCUUUGUCCUCGGUCGUUUUCAUCAAGACAGCGAUCGGGAUCGUCGGGACGGGGAAGUGGGAGAGGGACGAGAAACGGCAAGAGGAAAUACCGUGGACCUCAACACGGCCAUACCGGAAUCCUGCCCCUCCUGGCCCCGCUUUGACGGUGGAUCCCUCGACGUCAAGGCCGGCGAAAUGGUGGAUACCAACGACGAGGCCCACUUUGACAAGGUCGACGUCGUCUUUCAGCGCCAUGCCGCCACGUUGGCUGCUCAACGGUCGUCGACGAACAAGACGGCAUGA